AUGUAUGAGUAAGAUAAAAUUAUAAAUAUAGAUAAAAUGAAGUAUAUAAUAAAAGAGAGAAUUUCAAAAAAGAUAGUAAAGAAAUAAACCAAUUAUUUAUAUAUUUAAAUUAAUGCUUAUAUGAAAAUGAUUCAUUGUAAUUUUAUUAUAUAAUAACUAGAUAAAAUAUUUGUAUAUUCCAUUAAUCUUCUUUAAAGACCAAUUAUGUAUUAUAUACUGAUAAAUCAAAAGAAACAAUUAUAUAUAAUGUAAAUACUUAGAGAUAUUUGGAAAAAUUAUAUUUUGUUUAUGAAUAUGAUUAAAGUUUGCAUUAUCUUAGACUACUCUAAUUCUUGAAUCUUAAUAGAUAGAUCUAUAAGGAUAGAAGAAUUAAUAGUAAGAUUGAAUAGAAUGACAAUUCUAGAUUGGAUAUUAAAAGUUCUCCAUUAUUAAACUAUUUAAUAAAUGAAGAUAGAUUAAGGAGAUUUAGAUAAUAAUUAAGAAAAUUAUAUAUAAUAGUAAAGGAGAUGAUCAAGAACAGAUAGAUUGAAGUUAUAACAAUGAUGUUAGUGUAAUUCUAGAAUAAAUUUGAAAUUAUUUAUAGUCAGAUUUAUAUAUAUUAAUUAAUGGGGGUGGAUGCAAAUUUAAUCGAGAAUGUUCGUGAGAAUGGAUUUUGA